AUGGCAGGCGAGGACAUGACCUUCGAGGAUCUGAAGGAGGUCUGCGAGGGCUACAUCUGCCGCAAAACCGACCCGUUUGUGUCUGCCCACCUCCCGCCCGGCAACUUCAAUCACGUCACCUUCCCUAUGACCGAGAUGAAGUCAUCUGACAACGCGGCAUCUCACUUCCUGGAGCUUCUCGACUACAAGGAGGACAUCAGCUUCGCUGACCUCUCCCAUGCGUACAAGGCAGCGAUGGACAGGAAUGACUUGCAGAUGCUGCCCGCGCCCUUUGGCUUGAAGGAGAAGGUGGAAUGGGAGCCGUUGGCCAAGAAGUGGCUCCAGGACCAGCAGGUCGUGCUGCACACAGAUUCAGCCAAGAGCUACAAGGUCAAGCUUCCAGGCGUUCUCCAUGACAGUGUCAUCCACUGCAAGAAGAAGAUCAAAGUAGGCGGCAAGUGGGUUUGGAAGGCUCCCACAUAUGUCCGGAGUGUGACGCACAAGAACCCAGCCACUAAGAAGAUCAUGAAGGUGAAAAGUGGCACUCAGGUGAUUGACCGGGCGUGGCGGUUCAUGAAGGAGCGCAUCCACAUCAACCAGAAUGCGAAGGUUGGAUCCGGGGCCUUGAGGGCGAUGCUGAGGUCGGCCCAGUACCAGUACUGGAUGAGGGAGUGUGCCACCAAAGCCGCAGAGGAGGCGCAGCGCUGCCAGGCGGAAGACGCGCAGGCAUAA